AUGGCCAACCUUAUACUCAAAAAUGCUUUAGACCUAUCGGACACGGCAUCCCAAUCUACUAUCCCCAAAGAUAACGCAAAGAGCAGUUCGCGGGAACAAGGGGUUCAACCCAAUGCGAGUCGACAAAGAUUCAAGCCACAAUUAUCCUGCACUUUCUGCAGGACACGGAAAUUGAAAUGCGAUCGCAACUCCCCUUGCAACAAUUGUUCCAAGCGAGACUUAUCUUCAUCCUGCACAUAUAUCCACAAUUCACGUGAGAAGACAUCUAAAGCACAGAAGGUCAAGGAUAAGCCAAAAGAUGUUCAGGAACGUAUUCAACAUUUAGAGGAACUAGUCGUUGCUUUGAUGAGUCAAGUCAAAGAUAAAACACUUGUACCCGGUCCCACCGUUCCACCAGACCAUCAACCAUCUAUAUUUAAGGGCCCCAAACCUUCAUGGCCAGAUGAUGCUACCGUUUCAGAAAGUGCGGAUUCUAUUGGACGUAUAUCUGUUGAAGAUGAGCUGCAGAAUUAUGUCGGCGGGGCUCAUUGGGCGGCAAUACUUGAGAAUAUAGCUGGCCUGAAAGAUUCCUUAGGAUCAGAAGAAUGGCCACAAGGUACAGCGAGUGGAAAGAAUAAACAUAAAGGACCUGUGCUACUUCUUGGAGACAAUAGAAAGGCGUCGAGAGAAUCGGUUCUCGCUUGUCUCCCGUCGAAACCUGUGGUUGAUAAUUUGAUUGAACGCUACUUCACUGCUAUUGACGCUUCCUUUAUCACUCAUACCCCGACCUUCAAAAAGGAGUAUGACGAGUUUUGGGAUGAUCCCAACUCAAAAUCUUUUUCCUGGCUUGGAUACCUAUUUGCAAUUAUUUGCCUCUCCGUAAACUUUGAAUUGAGAACAGGAGAUAUUCCAAUACCUGCAUUGUCGGAUAUGGCUGUACGUGAUACAGAACAACGGAUCAGAUUAUAUCGCGAGAAAACGGUACAAUGCCUUGUGAAUAGUAACUAUACAGAGCCUGGAUUGUAUACUGUCGAAACUCUUUUGCUUUACUACCUCAGUGAGCAUUUUCAAAGUAAAGACGCACUCUUUGGAUCUUGGAUGCUUUUCGGUAUGAUUGUCCGUGCAGGAUUGCGAUUGGGCAUGCAUCGGGAUGCGUCUCAUUAUCCCAACAUAUCAGUCUUUCGUGGCGAGAUGCAACGUCGAAUCUGGGCUGGAAUAUUGAUUGUGGAUAUUCAGACUUCUUGUCAAGUUGGGCUUCCUCGAAUGGUAAGCGAAGAGAUGUAUGAUACUAAAGCCCCCAAUAACCUACUCGACGAAGAUCUAUAUGAAAGUAUGGUAGCUUUGCCGCCUGUCAGAUCGGAAGACGAAGGAUCCCCUAUGAGCCACGUACUUUCCAAAUAUCGUCUUCUUAUAGUGUUCGGAAAGAUAUUUGAUGCGUCGAAUUCCAUUACCCCUAUUCAAUAUGACGAAGUCAUGAGGCUUGAAAAGAUGCUUUUGGGUACCCGCGAGGGAAUCCCGGAAGUUUAUAGAGUCGGAUCCAUCAAAAGCCUCGAUACCGGUCCUAUCAUGUUAAGGGUUAGGAAAUUCUCAAUUGAAAUGAGUUAUCUUAAAGCUCGUUGUUUUCUUCAUCGCAAAUUUCUCUCGGAAGCCGAAUCAUUACGAAAACAUUCUUACUCGGUCAAAGCGUGCGUUGAUUCUUCGAUGCUAAUUCUACAAUAUCAAAAUUAUAUGACCAUUGAGACAGCCAUGGGUCAUUCUUUGCACGCUAUGAAAUGGAUUACAUCUUCUUUGAUGACCUACGAUUUCCUUCUAGCCGCAACACUUCUUUGCCUCUAUCUUGGACAGUUAAUGGCCGCUGAAGAGGAAACUGUGGAUACUGCUUUUCGAGAGUUUCCAAUUGAAUGGACCAAAGAAGACAUUUCGCACGCCUUGCUCAAAUCUUACCAAAUAUGGAAUAACCCCGAGCAUUCCUCGGAAGAUACAAUCAAGUUUUCAAAGGUCUUGAAGGCCAUGCUGAACAAGGUUGACCAUUGGUCCACCGCAAAUAAGACCCAGACGAAGGUUUCAAAGGAAAUAACAAACGAAGCUAACUCUAGCAACCCUCCAAAUUAUCCUGCUUCAAACAUGUAUUCUUUUCCAUCGAGCGAUUUCGAAGAAAAUGGAAGCAAAUUUCCUACUUCAAAUAUUGAGAUGAUAGGAGAUAUUUUGAACGAUCCGGCUGGUCUCGAUUGGAAUCUUUGGGAUACCAAUUUUCAAGGGAGUAAUAUAUAUAUUGAUGCAGCAGGGUCAUCGCUUUUUGCUUCCGAUUUGUACUUUCCUUUUCAGGCAGCUGGAUUGGAAACUGAUAUGGACGGCAGUUGA